AUGAGAGCAAGCGGAAUUCAAUGGGAUGUUAGUGACGACGGCGUGCCCCCGCGCCAAGGAUUGUUGUCACGGUCUUCCAAUGAAAAGUACCCAUCCCUUUCAGAGAGAGUAUUUCUGCUUUAUAAUGGAGCCAACGGUGACGCUGAAUUUGACAUCGUUCUGCUGCACGGGCUUGGGAGUGGUGAGUUUAAGUGUUGGACGAACAAAGAGGGCCUUCUUUGGCCAGCGGCUUUUCUCCCACAGGAGUUUCCGAGAUGUCGCAUUCUCUCCGCCGGCUAUACACACGCUCUCUGGCGGUGGCAAUCAUUUGAAAAAAUGAAGGAAAAAGAGGUGGAGGAAAUGGGGCAGCAAGAAGACGGAUGGGCCGCCAGUUCCAUUCGGCGAUGGGUAGCAGAGGCGAUACAAGGGAAAUAUCCUUCCUCUGCACCCGAAACAGGCGGCACUAACCAUAGGAAGGAUAGUGAAGACCCUCAAGGUUCCUUAUUUGACGAAAUAGUGCCUUCAACUGCGGCCUCAUCAAGUGAGGACGAAAUACAGACGUUGGAGCAGUGUGCCGCGGAUCUUGCGGAGCGACUUCUCUCCGAUGCGGUGGGUGUCGGUAGAAGACCACUCGUCUUUAUCGCUUACUCUUUUGGUGGUUUGGUGAUUAAACAAAUGAUUAUACUAGCGGCCAAGGUGGUGAAUUUGCACCACGCUGAAAAGAGAACCAAAGUGGAUGAGGAGGGAAAAGGUUAUCAUGGUUCUGGGUUAUCAGAAGAAUUAUUUCUGCGUUCUAUAAGGGGCAUUGUGUUUUACGCCACACCGCAUUUUGGCUCCCCCAUUGCAAGUGCCGUGACGGGACUGAAACGGUAUUAUCAGACCACAGGUGGUCCUUCUCCUUCUGAACUAGUCACCACUCUAGGCGACCACAACCGAGAACAGUUGCAGAGUUUAAAUGAACAAUUUUUCCAUGUGAUUGAACGAUGCAGUGACAUUGGGUACGUCCGUGUUCUCUCCUUUGGCGAAACACGACGCUUGAAUGGCGUUUUCCGCAUCGUGGAGCCAGAGUCUGCCAAUCCUGCACCGGACGAUCCUCGUUUUCCGUUCUAUCUUGUUGAUGCUGAUCAUACCGGUGUCCAUCGACCAAUAUCAAAGGAGCAGCCGAGCUACACGAUUUUGUUUGGUUUUAUCAAGCGCAUGCAUCGGACCGGAUUGCUUUUUUCCAAUGGAAUAAAAAACGCGGUUACUAUCUCACGGGGGGAACAGAUGCUGCACGACGGCAAAACCCUUGAAAAAGAGGCUGCAAUAGUGGAGGAACCGUUUCUUAAAGGCGUUUCUAUUUCCAAUCAUGAGAGUAAGGAAGCGCUUGAAAUGCGUAUGCUUCUUGGUUUGCUGAACCACUCGGUGCGGCGGAUCCGAACGCAUUCCACGACACUUUUUGGCUACAUGAUGCCCAUGCAGUUGAACAAACUUCUGGCUUUGGCAAAGGACAUAGUUGACUAUGCCACCACGUCUUUGAAUGAAAAAGAAAAUGAUGCAUGCCUAUUGACACCUGUGCGUCUUGUGCUCUACUGGGCAGAAAGAGCUGUUUCUACGCUGGAGACCUUUUUCAUAUGUCAAGCCGAACGCUCUGUUGUGGACCAUUUUUCUGUCUUGGAGAGUCGAACGUUGCACGACAUUGAGUGUGGUGUGGCAGAAUUGCGACGGGAGUGGGAAUGGUUUUACCUACAGCUUUGUCAAACUUACGCCAUCCCUGACAGCUAUCCAGUAGUGAUAUUCUUCUCACAAUCAAUCACGCUUGCCGUCGCAGACGCCAUGAUGGAUGAGUUUGGAUUUCUUCUUGUAUUGGCCAUACAAUGUGUGCCGGAGGCUUGCGGAUGGCAGCGUGACUUGGUGACCUCAUGGGGUUUACAAGAGAACCCCGCAUGGCUUCCACCCUCUUUCUCCAUGGUGGCUUCACUUCUUACUGGCUGGAUGCAUCUUGGCAUAACACGAAAGUACAGGUGCGCUAUAACUGCUUUCCAGCGCCUUAUCCAUGAUAUCGAAGUGCUGCAGCGGGACGAAGGUAACCUGUUGCACACAACAAGUCCUCGCAUGCGUUCCAUAACACAAGAGGCCGCCUUUAGAUGGUGGUGGAGUGGUGAUGAGAGCGGUGAUAAGGCAAAAAAGAUGAGUAUGGAGCGAAAAGGCAGAGUUUUGCAGGUUUUUGCGUUGCUUGCACACGCCGGUCUAUGCUGGAGCCAAUUUCUUUCUGCCCAAAACGCCAGAUCAGUGAAACCUUUCAAUUUGCCGAGUGCCGACACAUAUGGAGGGAUGUUUCUUCAUUCCCUUAUGGAAGGACGUCGCCGCUACGAAUUACUGGAACGAAACCUUCAUGUUGACAGCAUUAUGGACCGUCCUUUUGCUUCCAUGAAGCGUGUUGCUGUUUCGCCGUCGCAUGCGGAAGGGAAACCGUACCAGACUGAAGAGAAGGAAAGCCAAAAACGAUCAGCUGUACGCAAAACUGUUCCUUUAAAAGGUGCCGCGCUUCGACACGGCCUUACUUUUAAUUGGGAUGAGGUGCGUGAGGGAGAGAGCAGGGAAGAGGCAGCAAAUCUUUUUACUGCAAGUGUAUUUGUCUCCUGGUGGAUAAUUGAAAGAACUAAAACGCUUCAGAGAUCACUAGACCCUGGGAAUGGGGCCGAUAUUAAGGAAGAGCACGACAAGGAUGCUUUGCAUGGCCGGUCGCCGUGGGUCUGGGAGAAUGCUCAUCCCCGUGUGAAGAGUCAGUGGCUCACUUGGUGGAGUAUUACAGGCAAAAAAGAGAAAAAGACCGAGGAACUGCAUGUGAGGCAGAUUCAGCUUCUGAUGGAGGCACUGCGGCUCCAUAACGCCAAUGCUCUUGCGUUGUGCCUAACUGGGCGGCACCACUUGUGGCGUAGAAACCUGACUGAGGCUGCCGAAGCGUACCUUUGUGCCUUGGAGUCUACACGGCGUGUUGACAAUCCAUUGUACCGUUUUGCUGCCGUUGGUCUUGGUUGGGUGCACCUGUAUCAAUACCAUUGUGGUAUGCUUGAAGGAAGUGGUGUGGACUUUCUUGCUCUUCAGGGAGCCCCAUCUGGGCUAAGGGACUGCCAUUGGUUGGGGCAAUGGAAAAGGAGAACAAUGCAAGAACCACAGGAAUGCAGUUCUACUGUUACUGCUGCUGACAGAGAUGAUACCGUUAAAAAGGAAACUGGUGUUGCACCUCAUUUGGGAAGGGCAUCUGCUCUCUUUGAGGCGGUGCUUUCCUUUGAUCCCCGUGACAAGGGGGCGUUGUGCGGCAUGGGCCGCGUGAAGAUGUUAGGGGUGGAAGCGGCAUGCACGGUGGACUUUGCAGAUGCCCGCCGCUACUUUGCAACUGUGCUUGGAGGAACGGAAAUACUGCCAGGAAACGGGUGGGACCAAAAGGGUAAUUGGGACAACGGGAUUCUCGCCUUUGAAAACGGGCAAUGGGAGUCUCGUGCCGCAUACUGGAUGGGUGAGAUCCACAGAUGCAGCUUGGAUGCAGAGACCGAGUCAAAUGAAACAAAAGCGAUUUAUAAGAAGGAUGUGAAGGCGUGGUGGGAGUACGCAGUGAAGCGGUGCCCUCAGAACGAUUGGGCACUCACUUCGCUGGGUCUUCUUUACAUGGAGCAUCAGCAUCCUCGUCAUCACAACGAUGUUGACAUGAGUAGGCAGUAUGGGCCUGGUGUGGACAUUCUGCAGCGUUCAUUGGCUAUUAAUGCACAGAACACAUGGACUUUAUGGGGUCUAGCGCAUCUCGCGCCUGAUGUGAAGCAGCGACAAAUGUGCCACACUUUGCUUAAGAAACUACUAAGGUGGUGA